GUUUUUCUGCUGAAAGAAACCCGUGGCAGCCAUAUAAUGUAAUGAUCUCAUACAAUUUUAAAUAUAGAAAUCCACAGCUUAUACUAGCAACUAACUAAAUGUUGAAUACUUAGCCACGUUAUUCAAGAUUUUGUAAUGUAAUGGUAUUAGAUGGUGUUGCUGAAAAUCCAAACAUGCACGAAAGGCCCAAGUGCUCAUCUUUUAUAAUGUGUACGGUAGACGAGGCGUGUUUUAUGCUGUCCGCACUGUGAUGUGCAAGACUGAGCCACUCGAUUUGGCUUUGCACCAGGGGGUCUUUGUAAGUGAAUGUCAAUAGCUUACUGGGGGUUACAAUGCCGGUGGAGUCUGUGCCCAUCCGAGAUUCGGCUUUCUACCAGCGUCUGCUGCAGCACUACUUGAAUUUAUUGAAAAAGUACCCGAUCCUCACCAAAUCCGUCACCAGCGGUAUCCUGUCUGCGCUCGGGAACCUGCUGUCUCAAGCCCUGGAGAGGAGAGGAAGAGACAAGGCUGGCAAAUCGGGGAAGGAGCUGGACCUUUUAGGACCCGCUCGCUUUGCAGUUUACGGGCUGUGUGUCACGGGCCCUGUGAGUCACUAUUUCUACCAGUUACUGGAGCUGCUCCUGCCCACCUCCAUACCGUACUGCAUGCUGAAGAGACUGCUCCUGGAUCGCCUCGUCUUUUCUCCUGCCUUCCUCCUGCUCUUCUUCCUCGUCAUGAACAUGUUAGAGGGUAAGAAUUGGUCAGCGUUCCAGGAGAAACUGAGAACAGGGUACUGGUCGGCGCUUAAGAUGAACUGGAAAGUGUGGACCCCCUUUCAGUUUGUCAACAUCAACUAUGUUCCUGUGCAGUUUCGGGUGCUCUUUGCCAACCUUGUGGCUUUGUUUUGGUAUGCCUACCUCGCUUCAGUGCGGAAAUGAGGCCAGUAAGGUCAUCAGCUAAUUGGAUUGGAUGAAGAGUGUGGUGAUUAUACACAGUGUGUCUUUAACCACAGGCCUUGCAGGGUGUAGUAACACUAACAUACACACUGGGACACAGACCAGGACAGUGGCCCUCUGAUUGAAUCCUGCUGCGUGUACUAUCUGUGGAUUAAAUUGAAAGGUGGGAGAGGGAUGCGAUCUGCAAAUGGGAAAAGAGCAAAUAAUUGGUUAGGAGGAUUGACAACUGGGAGAACACUUUAGUGAACUGCUUUCGAAAUCUGAAUUUGGUUCCACGUUGACUGAAAGUGUAUAAUUUAUCAUUUAAACGGACAGAGACUGACUUUAAAAAUGUGACUUCACUCAUCAUUCGCCUUUGAGGGCCUUAUGUCGUCCACUGGCCAGCUUGUAAAACUUAUUUCUUCUGAGAAAGGUCAUAGUUAACAUGUAAUUUAAAUAAAGAUGAACAUAUUUGUUUAACCACUACUUAAUCUCUAUUUUAACCUGAAAAAUAUCAGCAAUGAUGCUUAAGGUUUUUGUAUUUCAGUCAUUUGUGUGUAUAGGCAAAUCUUGAGUGUUAUUUGGACCUGGAUAGUGACAGUUUAUGUGAAAUAACCAGUUUAGUCAGAUAUUUUGAAUUUCACAGAUGUCUGAAGCAUUAAAAAAAAUUAAGAUAUAAACCUAA